AUGGAUCAGCCUCUUAAACCUCCAGGUCCUAAGGUCACCAAGCCAACCAACACCGGUCCUGUUACUACUUCCAAAGGUUCCAGCCACUUCUCCUCAAGCGGCGCGAGCUCUGGUGGAGCUGGGGGUUAUAACCCCAAUGUGAUAGGUGCGAAGGACACCGUUGGGGAUAUUUACUACAAGACUUACACCGAAGAAGAGCGUGGGGACGCUCCUCAUCAAGCCCCCUGGAGUUUAAAACAGAAAGAUACUUUCAUCGAGUUCAGCCCUGCGCGCGAGUGGUUCCUGAACUCCUUUACACCUGCUGAAGUCCAUCGGCAAAGGGCGAAACCUCACGAAAUGUUGUAUCGUACUUAUAUUCUUGGUGAGGCCAACGCUCGUGCUGCCAACCACCAAAUAGUUCGCGAAUGGCGAACGAUGGUUAGGGAGCGCGCCGACUGGGAGGCUUAUCGCGAGCGUAUGCUGAAACGUAUUGCUGAAUUCGAAAAGUCGAAAACCGCGUUUGGUGAGGAGAGAGCCAAGUUUGAGGCUGACAAGAAGGCUGAAGAAUGGGGCCGCGAGGGGCUGCAGAAAAAACUCCACAAUGUUGAGGAGCAACUGGCCAAGGAGAAGGCCGAGUUCAAGCGUAUAUGCGCCCAAGACAACGAUCGUGCUUAUGCGCUACGACAGAAGAUCGUUGAUCUUGAGGCUAAAGUUGCGGACUUGACCUCAAAGGUGGAGGAAGCGCAGGGUGAAAGAGCUGCCAAGCAGCAGAUGGAGGUUGAGCUGACUGAAGCCAAGGUGCAAUUGUCCAACAAGGACAAGGAUCUCCACGCCAAGGACGUUGAGAUAGCGGAACUCAAACGUCGCUUGAAUGAGCAAAUCGACAGAUGCGAGUCUUUGGAGAUUGACCUUGAGGCUGAGAAGGUCAAGGCCGCUGAUGCGGAGGAGGCGCGUGCUGUGAGCACUGCCGCGCUGAAUGUGGCCCAAACCAACUACUCUGAGGCUCAAGGUAUCGUCGAUACACUUGUCUCAGAAGCGGAGUGGAUGCGCACUCGUGGAGUAGUGUUGGUUGCCAACUCCAUCCUAAAUGCGAACGAGCUAGAUCGCGCCGUAGCGGCUCUGACAGAUGCGGCGCGUGCGGUGGGUCAUCGGGGAGGCUACCUGGAGUGUGCUGAUCAUGUUGAGCAAAUGCUUGGGCAAGAAUUUGACACAAGUCAUUGCUCAGUGACAGAACAUGCCGAUGCUGCGCUGGCAAGUGCUGAAAAUUCCUAUGACAACCUCUCCUUGCCUAUCAUGGAGUUGGUUGUCGAAUCGUUAAAGAAAGACGACUGGUGCCAGCGUCUUAAGGCAGUCCUCGAUCCACCAGUUACCGUCGAGUUGUCCGACGAAGAGCCCGCCGGUGACGACGGUGAUGAUGAUGGCAAUGACGAUGAUGGUGAAGACGACGGAGAUGAUGGUGAUGAUCGUCGCGAAGAAUAG